AUGUUACUUAUACUGACAAUUGCAGGAACCUGGAAACAGCCGAUGCCGUCCGGUUUCGGUGUUUUGAAGGCGAUGGCAGCCGAUCCAUAUUCAGGACCAUGGGGAGGAAAGAAGUGCCGCGACUCGCCAAUUCAGACGAAGCGAGACUGCUCAUGCAAGGAUGGCGAGUGCAAAGCCACAGAUAAGUGCUAUUGCGCCAAUUUGAUGAGAACGCAGCGGUUACGACUUCCCGCCGCCACCGGUCCUGCUGCCGUCCUUGCUGAGUCCAUCCAAGGCGUGGGUGGCACGAUGCAGUUCACUAAA